UCUACAUCUCACAAGUACAGUGUGUGUUGGAAGAGGUCUAUGGAUCCGCCAAUUGCGGAGAAUCCUCGCAUUCAAUCGCGGGUGAAAACUAAAGCUCUCCAGAUCCUCACGCUUGCGGUCACCAAGCUAGCCACGCAAAGAUAUCUCCGCAAGCUCUUUACACGCUCGAGUGGCACCAUUCUCUGUCUUAACUUCUGCAUCAAAUUCGGCGACUCUGUCACUCUGCCCGAAGCAAACGCACUCCGCUUCGUCGCAAAGCACACCUCUAUCCCUGUACCAAAAGUCCACCAUGCUUUCAUGCGCAAUGGCAAGGCCUAUAUACUCAUGGAAAGGAUCCGUGGCGAGUGCGUAGCUAAUAGAUGGCAUUCGCUCUCGGACGCGUCAAAAUCGGAAAUAUUCAAUCAGCUGAAACAAAUGGUACAAGAACUUCGGUCUGUACCUUGCCAGACCGACGGUGUGAGCAAUCUGAACCGUGGUCCGCUUCACGAUUGUCGGCUUCAACCCUCUUCCUGGGGACCUUCCCGCACCAUCGCCGAUUUUCACUUGUCGCUCCGGAAUAACGUAACCCUCGAGUCUCUUGAGUCAUCACAUUCGUUGAGUCCCGCUGUUGUAUCGGACCUAAGACGGCUUAUUACGUUUCAUGAGUCAACGCUGCGAGGCCCUGUCCUCACACAUGGUGAUCUGAGCAGCCUUAAUAUACUUAUCCGCGACGAUAAAGUGGUUGGUAUCGUUGAUUGGGAUACGGCCGGGUGGCUACCCUACUAUUGGGAGUACACGAUGGCAUGGCAUGCCAAUCCCCAGAAUUACUUUUGGCAGAAUGAGGUGAGGAAUUUUCUAGACGCACAGGAGGAGGAAGUAGGCAUGGAGAAGCUCAGGCGUAUGUACUUCAGUGACAUUUGAAUUGACUAUGUGCUCCUGAGGGCCGGGGAUGAAGGGCAGAUAUUGACACAUGGCGAUUUUUAAAGGAACGGCUUUCAAGGAGUAUACUUCUUAUUGAAGUUAAAGAAUAC